CUACUAGAACAUCCCUGUUUAGGUGAGGGAGGGGGGCCAUCUGCACGCUUUAAACUGCGUUUGUUUGGGAUUACAUCACAUCACAUGUGAGAAGCUUCGGAGCAGGCAAGAAAGACACCAAAAUCUGAGAUCCUGUCUCUGCGUCACCAAGCCUUGGUUCGAUUUCAGAGCUACUAAAACAAGGAGGGAAACACUCGAUCCUCUCAUACUGGUUACAAAUCAAGACGACCAACUGGAACAAAGGCUGACAUCAUGACACAGGGCAAGCUUUCACUUGCUAACAAGUCCACUGAGGGCGCCUCCAGUGAACAGGCCUUUGUGGCACCAUCUCCUCCAACAUAUGAGGAAGCUACAGAAAGUACGGGCAUCAGUGCUCCAUGCUACAAUGAUGUGGAGAUGCUUACAGAAUUCACCUGGGAUGAUCGCAACAUCAGGAGAGUCUUCAUCCGUAAGGUGUACACCAUUUUGUUGAUCCAGCUACUGGUGACUUUAGCUAUUGUGGCUCUUUUUACAUUCUGUGACCCCGUAAAGGAUUACAUUCAAACAAACCCUGGGUGGUACUGGGCAUCAUAUGCUGUGUUCUUUGUGACUUACCUGACUCUGUCAUGCUGCUCUGCACCAAGGAGACGGUUUCCCUGGAAUCUGAUUCUACUUUCCAUCUUUACUCUUUCUCUGGCCUACAUGACAUCGAUGCUGUCCAGUUUCUAUAACACCAAGUCAGUUGUGAUGUGCCUAGGCAUCACAGUAGUAGUCUGUCUCCUGGUCACAGUCUUCAGUUUCCAAACUAAGAUCGAUGUUACUUCAUAUCAAGGAGUACUCUGUAUCUUCUGCAUGGUUAUGUUCAUCUCCGGACUGUUCCUGGCUUUUGUCCUCCCUUUUCAUUAUGUACCUUGGUUGGAUUCGGUAUAUGCUGUGCUUGGAGCUAUUCUAUUCACUAUGUUUUUAGCAUUUGACACCCAGCUCCUAAUGGGCAACAAGCGAUAUACCAUGAGCCCAGAGGAAUACAUCUUUGCCUCUCUCAACAUCUACCUUGAUAUUGUGUAUAUCUUCUCAUUUUUCCUUCAAAUCGCUGGCACCAAACGGGAAUAAACACAUUUCUACAAGUGGCAUACCAGUGUGGCAUUUUUAUGGAAAAUUAAUCAGAAUACAAAUUGAUUCAUUAUUACAACAAAAAAAAUUGCAUUUUAAAAAAUGUAUUAACACAUCUAUUCACACAAAUCCUUGUCCAUUUAAAAUUAAUAGUUAAUUUUAUCCAAAGGACUUCGUAAGUUGGUGCAUGAGUAGCAAAAACUAAAGUCAAAGUCAAAACCUUCUUUUAUGAGCCGAAGUUAGGACACAUUUAAGCCUGUAACUCAAGGUAGCAAAUUAGCUAUACCAACUGAAAUCACUACAUCUUUUUCCAUUCAUAGUUGAUAAACUACAUUGGCAGUGAUGACGUAAAGCUGUUUAUGUAUGUGAAACUUGUAGCUUUAGAGUCUCAUUAGGAUGUAUUGAAAUCUAUAAAACAAAAUGCAUGAGUGCUAUGAAUGAUAUUCUAUGCUGAACUCGGUCAUUCCAUCUCUAGAAAAAUGAGUGUUAACUGUUGCUUUCACGAGUGAAGACACAAGUUUAUCUUUAAUAGCUUUAAACGUGUUAGUGGUUAUCCUGUGUUUUUCUUUACAUCUGAUCUUGUCUUGUUACUGUGAAUUUCAAGAAACCUCCUCUGUACUGUAACACUUAAAAAAAAGUUUGUUCUGAAAUAUAAAAGACAAUCUUAUUAAGUUUCUGUUGGCCUAAGGACUAUGUUACUCAUCUUUUUUUUCUUGUCUGUCUAUUCCAUUUAAUUUUUAUAAAGCUGUUUAUGUCUAAACAGUUUAACAGACCUCACAUUCACUGUAAUCAUUCUGUUUUCGAGCUUGUUUAGUAUUAGUAUUAUUAGUAGUAUAACAAAAGUAUUUAAUGAAUUUGAAAUAUUUUAGGAUUUGUUUGUUUAUCAAACUUUACAAAUGCCUUUUAAUUCUAUGACUGUACACGUAACAGUGCCAAACAAACAGAUUUGUUAUAUGUUUUGAUAACAUAUUUUUGGAAGGAUGAUAAAGCUAUUGUUCAGAUUUAAAUGUUUAUUUUGUAUGAAGUACAGUAUUUUUAAAGAAAGAUAAAUAAAUUGCAAGCUUGAUUUAAAAGAAUGGGUAUAAACAACUUUUUACUUGGUUUAUUACUUGAUUGCUGUACAUUAGAAGUGACUAAUACAUAUCAUUGCAGAAUUGCUGUUAUUCAAGACAUGUCUAAAAAACUGGUCAUAGGUCUUCCUUGUUUCAAUAAAUUGUUCUCAAACACCAAA